UCUGGAGAGGAAGCGACGGAGAGGAUGAGGAGAAGACACAGCGCUGGAAUGUGUGGGAGUUUGUGUAGAGUCUUCUGAGGAAGGGAGGGUUGGUCCCUGACUGAACUGAGUGUGUGUUGUUUCGGCCUGUAUUCACUCUGACCACCGUUGGUGCUGGACUGAGAACAAAGACAGGUCACAGGGGUCAAAGACAGCAACAUUAAUGAGAGCGUCAACAACAACUCCAGAACAGAAUCCAAAUGAAAGAUCAUUUCAGUUUGAAUUCAAGGAAGUAAAAAAAAAACAAAAACCAUUUCAUUGCGAGUGUGAAGUUACUGAAGGAACCAGGACACUUGUUUUUGAAAGUGGAUUAAAGGCCAAGACAGGAAGGGCCGGGUUUAAGGGAAACAGGAAACCUGAUGCGAGGAAACGGAGCACGUCAGCAGCCAGCCCACUGCAGUCUGUACUAAAAGUCAAAUCCAGACACAGUUCAAGUAUGGAGUCUUUGUUCAGGUCACCAAUGAAACUGGUUCUUUUGACAGCAUGGCUCUCCAGUCUGAUGGACCCAUGCAGUCUCUCUGACAUUUGCAAUUCUUGUCACACCAAUGCUGCGUGCAAAAGCCUGAACGGAUCAAACGCCUGCCUCUGUAAACAUGGAUACACUGGAGAUGGAAUGACGUUCUGCAACGAUGACGACGAGUGCCAGAAUGUGACUAAUAUCUGUGGAGACAGAGGGACGUGCACCAACACGGUGGGCAGCUACCAGUGUAACUGUGUCUCUGGAUACAGGUCCACGGGAAACACCACCUUUCUGCCAAACGACGGCACAGAAUGCCAGGAUGUUGAUGAAUGUUUGUCAGGACCAGUGUGUGGACCCGACGCUCGCUGCCAUAACACCAACGGAUCCUUCUAUUGUUCCUGUCAGCGGGAUUUUGUACCAAGCGUCGGCACCAAACACUUUCAUCCAGAGACUGGUGUAAGAUGUAAAGAACAUCCCCAGAAAUUCUGCCAUGACAACAUGAGCUGUAUCAAAGAGACGGUUAACAAAACACUAGAAUCCAUGAGGAACCUAACGGAGCCUGAGAGUCUGCUGAAGGAAAUCGCCAAACAGACGUCCGGUGAACUCACCUCCGUGGCAGUGAUUGCUUAUGUUGAGGCCCUGAGUCGGUCCACGUCAGCGCUGGCUGCAGGAGAAAAGAAAAACAAUGUCAAACCAGCAGCCGUCAACUCAACCCUCUCAGAAUUAGUGAACGCCGUCAACAACCUGGUGGAGAGAGACGAACUCUUGGCCUGGAGCAGAAUAGAAGAAGAACAAAGAGAUCGCAGCAUCACUAAACUUCUACACACUGUAGAAGAGAGUGCACUGACGCUGGCCCAGCAGUGCAGCUCUCCAGUGGAGCUCCAGAUCAGAGCCUCUGAAAUGGAACUGAAAGUCUUCACUUUUGAUGCUCGUCACAACAAAGCCAACCUAUUUGCCACCAUGGGAGCGGAUCACAUAAAUCUGACUUCUAAACUGAGCCCAGAGGAGGAGAGGACUGGCAGCGUCUCCGUGGUGUUCGUCCACUACCACAGCCUCAGUGACAUCCUGAAGCCCAGCAGCGACCCCGCUGUCGCCGACUACUCCUGGUACGGAGGAACAGGGGAAAUCACUGUCAACUCCCGAGUCAUCGCAGCCGCCGUCAAACCUGCUGACGUGUACCAGCUUGACCACGUGACCUUUACCCUGAGGCACAAGGAGCCCACAGACACUAAAGCUGAUGUGACCAAGUGUGCCUUCUGGGAGUACGAGGCGGACGGCCUGAAGGGCCGCUGGGCCACUCACGGCUGCAGGACUGUCCACGUCAACAGCAAUACCACCACCUGCUCCUGUUCUCACCUCACACACUUCGCCGUCCUGAUGUCGUCGGGCCGAGCCAACCUGGAGGCCCACCGUACCAUCCUGACCAGGAUCACCCAGCUGGGGAUGAUCAUCUCCCUCAUCUGUCUGUCCAUGUGUAUCUUCACCUUCUGGUUCUUCAGUGAGAUCCAGAGCACCAGAACCACCAUCCACAAGAACCUGUGCUGCAGCCUCUUUAUGGCAGAGUUUAUUUUCUUGGUUGGGAUCAAUAUGAUCACACAUAAGGUUUUCUGCUCAGUUAUUGCCGGGCUGCUGCACUACUUCUUUCUGGCGGCCUUCGCCUGGAUGUGCAUCGAAGGCAUCCAUCUGUACCUGAUCGUGGUCGGUGUCAUCUACAACAAGGGUUUCCUGCACCGUAACUUUUACGUCUUUGGUUAUGGGAGCCCUGCAGUGGUGGUGGCCAUUUCUGCAACGUUAGGCUCCAAGUAUUACGGCACUGAUAGAGUGUGUUGGCUGAGCACAGAAAACCAUUUCAUAUGGAGUUUCAUUGGACCGGCUUGUUUGAUCAUUUUGGUUAAUCUCUUGGCUUUUGUCGUCAUCAUGUACAAAGUCUACCGACACACUGCAGUGAAGAAGCCUGAGAUCAGCCACUAUGAAAACAUCAGGUCGUGCGCCCGUGGGGCCAUGGCCCUGCUGUUUGUGCUGGGGGCCACGUGGACCUUCGGGGUCCUGCACAUCCUUAAUGAAACCACCCUGACUGCCUAUCUGUUCACCAUCACUAACGCCUUCCAGGGCAUGUUCAUCUUCAUCUUCCUCUGCGUUCUGUCCAGAAAGAUUCAGGACGAGUAUUACAGGCUUUUUAAAAACGUGCCGUGUUGUUUUGAAUGUCUGAGAUGAUCAACGAAGUCCAACCAAAAAGCCUGAACAAUGACAGUCCACAACAAAGCUCCUCCUGCUUCAUCUUCUGAAGAUGCACCAACCAAUCCAUUACAUACAGUACAGACGUGAAACGAUGGAACUGUUUUUCUGUACUUAAAAAAUAUAUUUAUUUUAAGCACCAUGUUAGGCCAUGUUCUAAAUCUUAUCUAUCUUUGUAAAACGAAAGAAAAACAGAAGAAAUCAAAACAUCCGCCAUUUUACCUUAUUUUUCCAAGUAACACUGUCACAAAAUCUCAUUGUAUAUUUUCACUUUAAUUUAAUGCGGUAAGUAAAUGUCUAACACUUAAAUAGCAUGCUCUCUUGUUAAUGUGUUUCUCUCUCGUGUUCAAAAUUCAUUUGUAAAUUAUUAAAAAUGAACUGUGACAAAA